AUGGAUCCACUAACCGUUGUGGCUUUUUGCCCGUCAAGCGAACUUGCCCGUAUAGAAAGCAUCAUCAGAGAGUGGCCUGAUGUAAACGCGGUUGGUUCUCUUCGAGCUAAAGAACGUAAAAAAGACAUCACUAAUGUAUUCAUAAAAUUCAAUAGUGAAGAUGCAGUUAAAAGUGCUCCUUCGCGGAUUACCAAAGUUUAUGGACUUUCCUUGACGGAUGAAAGAAGCGAAAAGAAAGAGAAGGGUGAUAAGAGCAUUCCAAGAAAGGGAAGGUCAAAAACUCUUGCUAUUGAAUUAUUGAAUUGUGUAACACAUGAUAAGAGCAAAAACACAUUGGAUCAACAAAGAAAGAGGGAUAUUGAAAGGGGGAAAAAGAAUUGCGGAAAUAGGUCUUUAAGAAAUCAAAACGGGCUCAGGGAGUCCAAUUAUAACGAAGGAUACAGACGGCGACAUCCAUUUGUUCCUCCAGCGCAGGUGAAUGUAGCUGUUGUUGAUAAUAUCCCAUUUAACAUGACUAAUGAUCAGUUAAUUGAAGUAUUUUCUCCUUUUGGACGCGUAUUCGACAUUAACCGUUAUGAGAUGAUGGCUAUGAUCUUUUAUGAUUCUCCAGAAUGUGUUUCGCAGUGCAUUCAACAGCUCAAUGGGAAAACUAUCAGGGGAAACGUUAUCUCAGUCAGCAGCGGAUACGUUAGGAUUCCAGGCCAUGUGGCAGUUCAAAUGGGACUUUAG